AUGGCUGAUCUCUACCCUCCAUCCUACGAGCCCCGCCACCAGUACUCCCCCCAGCCAUACCCGCCCCAGAUCAUGUCCCAGCACCCCUCCUCAGGAAACUCCUCCGGCGACGACCACGACCCGCCCCCGAGUCCCUCAAAGUCGUCGGAUCACCAGCCUCCAAAAUCAGAGGCAAAGCCCCAGGCUACCUUCCUCACAAAACUAUACGCUCUCCUCGAGCGCACCGAAAACCACCACAUGAUUCGAUGGGACCCAGCCGGCGAACACAUUAUCGUCGAGCGCCCGGAGCAGCUUGCUCUCCACGUUCUCCCAAGCAUCUACCGGCAGUCGAGGUUCGCGAGUUUUUCCCGUCAACUCAAUAUCUACGGCUUUAUGCGCAAGGUCAACUUGCGAAAUGUCGACCCGGCCAUUGAUGAUCCCGACGCGAGCACUUGGUCACACCCCACCCUGAACCGCCACUCGCCGCCAGAAGUCGUCGCUAAUUUUAAGCGCCGUGUCCCACCCCGCCUCCCCAAGCCCAGAAAGCGCGACGCGCAGGAGCAGUCGUCAAUUCCUCCACCUCGAUCUGCUAUUGGCAUGGCGCCUGUCCCUCUCACCGUCCCGUCCUCGGGCCAUCCAUCUCAGAAACUUGUUGGUGGUGGACCCAUGGGUCGUGCCCGUGGCUUUUCGGCGCCUGGCUCCUUCCCUCCCAUCAACCAAGGCGGUAGCUGGGGCUCCAACUACAACCGUUCUGCUCUCCCUCCGUUGAUGGUUCCCUCCGACCCACCCCACAUGUCGCACCAGAGCAAUAUGUACAACCAUUCGUCUCAUACUCUCCACCCCAUCCCGUCCGCCGAUGACACUUCCAGCCCCAACAACUUCCAUUCCAUGUCGACGUACUCUGGUUCAAAUCGCGACAUGGUCGCCUCGCAGUACUCGUAUCCCGAGCAGAACAACUGGUCCUUCAACAACAACAAUUCCUCGAGCCAUAGCAGUCUUUCCUCUUUGUUGAACCCCAGCAACAACGGAUACUCUCGACCUGCGCCGACGAUCAAUACGUCAUACGCAUCGCCAUUCUCGUCGAUGCCCAUGCAGGGCGAACACAGUUCGUCAUCGCUGUCGCCCGACAGUCGACCAACAACCGGUUAUUCGAUGUCCUCAGUAUCGUCGAUGCCGUACCAGGAGGACUACUCGCGUCCCAGCUCGAGUCACCACCGCCCGAUCUCUCCUGCGCGCCCGGGUUCGUCCAAGUCCAACUACCCAGCAGGAUCACUCAGCGUGCGGCGCGCUCGACGCCACAGCCAAGCCGUGAGCCCAUACCCAAGCCCCUACGACAGCGAGCAACAGAGGCCGUCGACGUCGCCACAACCGAUCGACGAUCAUCAAUCGACGGCUGGCAUCCCCCGCGUGCGCAGCAUGAUUCAGCUGCCCUCGGUCGAUCCGUACAGCUUCAACAACUCGCAGGCGGAGUUUGCCUACUCUGCGAUACCUGGGGCUGUUGGGCACACAGCAUCGAUGAAUGGGAUGAACGACUCUAACGGCUGGGCACACCGGGACGUGCGGCCGUCGACUUCAACGUCCUCGAUAUCGGCCGCGUCGCACACUUCGUCGUCCCAGGCGAACACACCGCCCGUGUCCGAAAACUAUAACGGAGAAACGGACAUCAACCGAUUCUCGCCGGAUUUUGGGUUCGUUCCCAUGAACGAGCAUCUGCCGCAACAUCACCACCAUGCCUACAGCAAGGUUGCGGGAGACCUAUAG